UCAGUGGUGAGUUGCAAGUUAUAUGAUUCACUCUGCAUUAAUAAAAUCUAAUCCAUUGUCUGCACACGUUACGCACUGUGCAAACUUGCUCACACUGCCAAACUCAGCAAUUCUACUUAUACUUCAAAUAAUCCUUUCGGCAGCUGGAUAUAUCUCAUACUUCUUUAAAUUGAUUGGAAAUUCAGAAACGUCAAAAUGGCCCGAGUAGAACCACAAGAUGUCCAAGACUUCUGGGCAGUUCAAUUCCAUCCUUUACAGACGGAACCGACUUUUCAAGAUAUCGAAUUCAUCUAUGACCUGGAAGGUGAAAACCCUAAGGUGUGCUGCAUCUACGCCGUCCUCGGACCAAACGAGUAUUGCUACGUGAUUUCUCAACAAAAACUAGACCAGCGGCACCCAUCCGUAACUGGAUCAACGAAUCAUAUCAAAGCAAUGCAACGUUUCCGAUUAAGCCAAAAUAUGAUGGGUGAACUUUUCAACUGCAUUGUCGGAUUCUAUUAUGAAAUCGGAAUUAAGAAAAUGACAAGUUGUGUCAAUUACUUCACGGCAGGGACACGUGCUGCGACACAGGCGAUGCAGGAGCAAUUCAAUGCACAUGUCUUUCCAGAAAUCGAGGAUGAAUUUCGAUCAUUUGUGACCCAGUGUAUUGGUACAACGCAGAAGGGCCUACAGUGCAAGAGGCGAGUAAGAGAUCUUGCGUGUGCUCCACAUAAAUAAUUAAAUAUAGAGUUUGCUCCCUGAUUUUUUAUUGUCUUGUCAGAAAUGUAUUUAAAGUCAGUGGGAUAUACAUACAUAUUUUAAUAAAUAUGUGACGAUGGAAAACA